CCUGCCGUGAUAUCUCAACACAUUACAAGCCUAUAGUGCAGAAGUGAAUUGAAUCACAUCAUUGCAUGACCUAACCACAGAGAACACAUAAGAGGAAGUCCGCUAGUGUUGCACGCUUGUCUUCUGCUUAUCAUUGUUGCUCCUAUUUUCACCAUGAAGACAUCGGGGCUGUCUCUCGGCCUCCUCAACGCUCCACUUCUCUGUCUCUUCUGGCUAACGAAGCAUGCAGUGGCCUCGGCCCAGCUGUCGGCUCCAGAGGUGGUGACAGGCGCGUACGGAGGAUCCGUGGCGGUUCCUUGUCAGUACGACCGUCAGUUCAGAGACAACAUAAAGUACUGGUGCAGAGGACCGCUUUAUGAUCUGUGUCAAAUAGUGGCGGAAACACCCAGGAGGCGACCAGAAGAAAGGGGCUCCAUCGCAGACGAUAAGGAGGCCGGAGUCUUCACUGUGACGAUGGGUUCUCUCAGAGAGGCCGACAACGGGAAGUACUGGUGUGUCAUUGACCGUCCUGGAAGGGACAUCCACACCGGUGUCAAGCUCCUCGUCUCCCACACAGUGAUGACAACGACAACAACUCUUCUGGAGCCGGAUGUAACAAGUUGGUGGAUGACCCUGCGUUGGAUCUCCUUUAUUCUAAUGUUGUGUUGUUUGGUAUCAACACGCAUUGCUGAGUGGAAGACAACGGCUGCGAGGAAAAUACGGCGGCAACAAUUUCAAUAUCUAAACUCAAACAUCUAGGAUUGAAAGUCAUCUCUGAUUUAUUGUAUGAUUUAUACUGAGCCUACCAAACUAUUCCUUCAGUGGACAUUCUGUCAGUGGGUGAAUUUACACUGAGAGAUGAAAUUAGUCAAAAUGUGGCUUUCAGCUUAUUUUUUUCUUAGUAUAAAUUAUUAAAACCUCAGUGGAUUUUGGUGCCGGGGCCCAAGAUCACUUUGGUCCAGACUUUUGAAUAUGGAAUUAUCUUAUAAUUGCUGCCUCUGGAGAAGUGAGGCUGUUGGCUUUCAUUCAAUAUAUUUGCAUUUCUUAUGUGGGGCGUCAUAGAGAUAUAUUUACAUGUAUUUCUUAUUUAAAAUUGUAUUUUUAACCACUAGUUUAUCUGGGUUUUUUUAUCAAAUCUACCAGCAAUGUAGUCCUCCAAAUAUCUAAAAAGUUGCAUAAUCAUAACACAAAAAUGAAACCCCAACUCUCUCUAAACAUUGACCAACACUAAAGUUGAAUUGGGUUUAUGGCCUGCUACAUUGCUUUAUAAUCUAAGAGCGGAUUACUGUGGUAGAUAUUUCACACAAGUAUACCAGUAUGUAGUUAGAUUAUUUAUAAGUGCAACAGAUAGAGAGGAUUUGAUCUGUAAAAUAAGCUGCAUUGAUGUUUGCGCUUUAAACACAAGGAAAAGACACCGAGAGCCACAACUCAUACACCUCUGUGCUCUGGGUUGGAGGAAUGGGGUUUACGGGGCCCCGGUCAGGCACAUGUCACUGAUUACCCUCCUAUAAACACCCACAAAUCUAAAUUAUGUUAAAAUCCCCCAGAAAAUCCGACUUCUUCCCUCAAAGAGGCAGUGGUGAUUUGUGAACCUUGUCGAGCAGAUUUCAUUACCUUGCUGGUUGUAGCAGCAAGAUAUUGGAUAAUUGUGUCUGCUGGUCUGUGCUUUCAGACAACAGCACAUAUAACCGCAUAUAUUCACAGUUAGAUUAGACAAAUAUGUACAAUCUAAUGCAAUAAACCUUGUUUCUGCAAAGAAUGUAAUGUUCCGAGUAUUUAGUCUCUGGCGGUGCUGUAUUAGACUGCAUUAUAGGAUGUUGUUGUUCUGUCAGCCUCAUGAAUGUAAAUGAGAAACGCCUUUGAGGUCUUCUUCACAACCGACUCGUCCUAGAGCAGGAAAAGCACAAUUGUUACAAAUAACAUAAACAUUGACUUUGUUCUCUUCAUGUGCCCCAGUAAAGCAAUCGGUGUGACAGUGAGGCGGCAUGCAAUAAAGGAAUUCAGCUAUCGGUCA